AUGUUUUGUCAUGAUGAGGAGGAAGCAGUUUGUAUGAAUUGCACAACAUAUGGCAAGCAUAAGACACAUAAGGUAUCUAAAUUAACAUGGUUCUCGGACCAGCAAGCAGAUUCUAUACAGCACAAAAUUGAUUGUACAGCUGAUGUCAUCGACCAUUAUGAGGAUCUGAAAUCUGCUUUGGGAUCAAGAAAACAUUGCCUCAAGCAUAAAGUUAAAUAUAUCCAAAAUACAAUAACCUCAAGAUUUUCUCAAAUACAAUCAGAGAUAAACAGCAUCCUUGAUGCAAAGCAAGAAUCAGUGUUAAGUCAAUUGGAUAAGUGUUCAUCUUCUCAAAUUUCUUUGUUGGAAAUGCAAGAAGAAGCUGCAUCAAAUUUUAUCUGCAAACUUGACGAAAAGAGAAAUUAUGCUGAUAAUUUUCUUACUGAUUCUGAUGAAAGUAGUAUUGCCAAAGAGAAAAAUCUGCACAGUGAUAUGCUGGAAUGCCUUAAUGAAGCACAAAGCCAUAAAAUGUUAAUAAAUGAUAUGUAUGAAGUGAGAAUAGAUGAAUCAGAUCACAUUGUCAAAAGUGUAAACGAGAUGGUUGAUGCCUGGGUUUGUAGCAUUGAAGAAACCAAACAAGAUCCAUCACUGGAAUCUGUUUCAACAAUAUGGGAGAAACAAACACCUUGUUUUGGUGACAGUAUGAACAUUAUGUUUGGUGAAGCAAGUGAAGUGGUUGUGAAUAAUCCAUUUGAAGGAAUUGAUUGUAAGUUGUUGUGUGAUGGUGAGUUGCAACAUUGUGCAACAAACUGUUAUGGAGAAACCAACUGUGAUUUAGAAACAGAAUCGGAUAUACUUCUACUGUAG